AUGUCCACACAACCCCUCCUCCAACGAACCGCCACAAAGCGUAUCGCCCUCCCUGUCCGUGUAGAACCCAAGGUCUCCUUUGCAAACGAGCGUACUUUUCUCUCAUGGCUCCAUUUUACUGUCGUCCUCGGUGGUCUUGCAGUCGGUUUGCUCAACUUUGGCGAUAAGGUUGGAAAAAUCAGUGCUGCCUUAUUUUCUCUAGUCGCAAUGGCCAUCAUGAUUUACGCGCUCUAUACCUACCAUUGGAGAGCAGCAUCCAUACGUCGCGGCGGAAGGGGUCCUUAUGAUGAUAGGGUCGGUCCGACUGUUCUGUGCAUCGCGCUUCUCAUUGCCGUUUUGAUCAACUUUAUCCUUCGUUUUACACAACCAUGA